UCACAGUAGAGUUGCUCAUUUUUCCAACAUGGCAAACCAUCUGUUAUUUUAUAUUUUACUGGCAUUGAUUCCUGCGCUUGGAACAUCAGACUUUUUAAUAACACAGUUCAGGAACAUCAAGAAGCGAAGUGCUGAUGACUUGAUUGUCAAUGGCAUAGAAAUCUAUAGCAUGAAAAUUGACAGCAAAGUGACUUCUCGAUUUGCCCACAAUGUCAUCACUAGCCGAGCUGUCAAUCGUGCCAACGUGUCUAAGGAAGUGGUUUUUGAUGUGGAUCUCCCUAAGACAGCCUUCAUUACCAACUUCAGCAUGAUAAUUGAUGGUGUUACCUAUCCUGGAACCAUAAAAGAAAAAGAAGUUGCAAAAAAGCAAUAUGAGAAGGCCGUUUCACGGGGACAGACCGCAGGUCUUGUCAAGGCUUCAGGGAGAAAAACCGAAAAGUUCACUGUUUCAGUCAACAUUGCAGCAGCCAGCAAGGUCACUUUUGAGCUCGUCUAUGAGGAACUGCUGAAGCGAAACUUUGGAAAAUACGAGAUGUUCAUUAAAGUAAAACCAAAGCAGCUUGUUAAAAACUUUGAGAUCGAGGUAAACAUCUUUGAACCCCAAGGCAUCAGCGAGCUGGAUGCACAAGGAUCAUUCGUCACCAAUGACCUGUCACAAGUACUUACAAAAUCUUUCUCAGGAAAAAAGGGCCAUGUGUCUUUCAAGCCAACCCUUGACCAACAACGAACCUGUGCCACUUGCUCAACAUCACUAUUGGAUGGUGAUUUUAUAAUUAAGUAUGAUGUGAAGAGAGACAGUCCAGGUGAUUUACAGAUUGUCAACGGAUACUUUGUACACUUUUUUGCGCCAACAAAUCUUCCACGUUUUCCAAAAAAUGUGAUUUUUGUAAUAGACAUUAGUGGCUCAAUGGAUGGAAUAGGAAUACAACAGACAAGGCAAGCACUUCUUAAAAUAUUAGAGGAUAUUAAAGAAGAGGACUAUUUUAAUUUCAUACUGUUUGGUACGGAUGUACACGUUUGGAAAGACAAAUUAGUCCAAGCCACUCCUGAGAAUCUGAAGGAAGCCAAGGAAUUUGCUCAAGCUAUUAGCACACGAGGCAUGACAAAUCUACAUGGUGGUUUAAUGAAGGGAAUUGAAAUGCUGAAUACAGCCUAUGAAACAAAUUCUGUGCCCAAGAGAAGUGCAUCUAUAAUUAUCAUGUUAACAGAUGGUCAACCUAAUCAAGGUGUAUCAGACCCUCAGCAAAUUCAAGCGAAUGUAAAAACUGCCAUUCAAGGAAAAUACCCCUUAUACAAUCUAGCUUUUGGCUAUGGUAUAGACUAUAAUUUUCUAGAAAAGAUGGCACUAGAGAAUAAAGGGGUGGCUCGUCGCAUUUAUCCAGACUCUGAUUCAGCCAUACAAAUGGAGGGUUUUUAUGAUGAAGUAGCCAAUCCUAUGCUUACAGAAGUAGAAUUAAACUACCCUGAGAAUGCAAUUGCUGACUUAACACAAAACAAUUUUAAGCAUUACUAUGAUGGCUCUGAAAUUGUAGUGGCUGGACGUAUUACAGAUAAUGACUUGAACAGUUUGACGGCAGAUGUGAAAGCUCAAGGUGCACUAAAUGAUGUGACAUAUAUCGAACAAGCAGACGUUAAUGAAAUGGCGAAAGCUCUUCAAGAACAGGAGUACAUAUUUGGGGAUUACAUUGAGAGGCUCUGGGCUUAUCUCACCAUCCAACAAUUACUGGAAAAACGCACUGUAGCUCAGGGAGAAGAAAAGGACAACCUUACAGCAGAAGCUCUGGAGCUCUCUCUGAAAUACAAGUUUGUGACACCUUUGACAUCCAUGGUGGUUACGAAACCAGAAGAUAAUGAGGAUCAGUCUGCAAUUGCUGAUAAACCAGUAGAAGCUGAAGCAAAGGCUGCUCCAGGCACUUACUCAGCUCCAACACAUUCUUUUCUAUAUAGUAGGCCUGCAUCCCCCUCUGUAUAUACUAGUGUUGACGGAGAUCCACACUUCAUCAUAUCAGUGCCACAAAAAGAAGAUGCCAUUUGUUUCAAUAUCAAUGAAGAGACUGGCACAGUAUUAAGUUUAAUAAAAGACCCAGUUACAGGCAUCACAGUUAAUGGGCAGCUUAUUGGAGAUAAGAGAGUGAACAAUGAUGCAAAGAUUCAAAACACAUAUUUUGGAAAACUUGGGAUUGAAAAUAAGAAGCUGGAAUUAAAACUAGAAGUGACUCCUGAGAAAAUAAUCAUCCAGAAUGGCAGAAAGAAGACAGUUUUCAGCUGGCUUGAUACAGUCACCCUGCGACAAGAAAGUCUAACUCUGAUAAUCAACAGGAAAAAAAAUCUGGUGCUCUCAAUGGGAGAUGGCGCAUCCUUUGUUAUUGUUUUGCAUCAAGUAUGGGAGAAACAUCCUCUACACCAGAACUUCCUAGGACUGUACACACUGGAUAGUCACAAGCUGUCUGAACAUACCCAUGGCUUAUUAGGGCAAUUUUUCCAUCACAUUGACUUUGAUAUACUUGAAAUCCAUCCUGGGGCCGAUUCUAAAAAACCAGAUGCUACAAUGAUGGUCAAAAACAAUAAACUGACAGUAACUAGGGGCUGGCAGAAAGAUUUCAGGAAAGAUUCCCAGCAUGGCGUCGAUAUCCCUUGCUGGUUUGUUCAUAAUAAUGGAGCAGGGCUGAUUGAUGGAGUUCACACAAACUAUAUUGUUUCCAGUAUAUUUGACACAACUAUAAAUUGAUCCUCAGAUAUGUGUUGGGAGAACAUUUUUCCUGAAUGUGUGAUGCUUUCUAAUAAUCAGCUACUAAAUCACUGAAAGCUUACAGAAUUGGUGUGUGGGUUGUUACUACUGUUACGUAACAGAUUCUAGCGAAUCAGGCUAGCUUGUGUGUGAUCAGUUCUUUAAUGCGAAAUAGCUGCUCUGUAUGAAAAGGGUUAAAUAAAAGCUUCUAAACUUGC